AUGCUCGUCGAAGCAGUACGAGCGCUGUCUGAGUACCCCCACAGUCCAGAGAGCGUCAUAAACCCAUCCAGGACGGAGUUGGGAACAGUUCAAGGGCUCCUGGAUUACAUCAAAGACAUGGUGUACAGCGUGACCGGCGACAUCUACUCUGCGAGGAGGUUGGACGCCACGCUCAGCACUCUACAGCAAUGUGAGUGGGACGCCAUGAAACUGAACACAGAAUGCAACACCCUGAUGAGCGAGGGAGACAAGACAGCCCACAACAUCCAGCAGAUCGAGGCUCAGUACGUCGCAGAGGCACUUCACGCCCUCACCAACCUGAUCAAGCCUGUACAAGGCGCGGAUGUUUUGAGUGGAUGGAGCGCGACACGCCAGUCGCUUGUGGCAGGCGUGACCAAAGCAUGGUGCGCGAAGCAGAAGCACAAGCAGGCAGAGGAGGCGGAAGAGGCCGAGAGGAUGAUCACUUGUAUCAGCGACGCCGACUCGCGCUCGUCCCUGCAUUCGAGCUCCCGCGAGCAUGCACCUAGUACCAUUCGAUACCUGUGCAUGGAAACGCGUGCGGUGAACGCGGGCCAAAUGGAAUUUGCCACCCAGUGGCAUCCGGGUCCGCUAACAAUGAUCGGUGCUACUCAGACUGACAGUUCUCAGCGACCCGAGCAGCAGCUCGCGGACCUGAUUUUGACAGAAGCCAAGCUGUUGGCUGGCCUGGUUCUGGCCGUACACGCCGAUCGCGUGAUCGCACACGAUGACGCCCAGGACGUACGUUUACGAGCAGGGGCUGUGACAAAGGGCUGGCCGGACAAGACAGGCAACCAUAUGCUCGUUGACCUAGCCUUGAUACGUUGA